AUGCCUCCAACUCUCCGAUCAAGAAAACUAUGCUUCUCUGUUCGGAACAACUCCACUGAUUCCCUUAGAGGUUUGGACACUAUCCGCAAUGAAGAUACCGUUAUCUCCGAAGCAAAACAUCCAUCCACCACCACGGAAAAACCAAAACGGCGUCGCUCAGGGAGACGGAAAUGCAGUUACGUGGAUUCGUGUUGCUGGGCGAUUGGCUAUCUCUGUACGGCUUGGUGGCUUCUUCUCUUCCUAUACAACUCUGUCCCGGUCCCGGCGAUGCUUCAGGCUCCGGAGUCACCAGGGACUCGGUUGAGUCGAGAAGGCUUGAAGGCGCAUCAUCCGGUGGUUCUUGUCCCCGGGAUUGUCACCGGCGGGCUCGAGCUCUGGGAAGGCAGGCCUUGUGCUGAAGGGCUUUUCCGUAAGCGUCUUUGGAGCGGUAGCUUCAGGGAGAUCCUCAGAAGGCCAUUGUGCUGGUUGGAGCACUUGUCUUUGGAUAAUGAGACCGGUCUGGACCCAUCGGGCAUCCGGGUCCGAGCAGUCCGAGGACUCGUGGCUGCAGAAAACUUCACACCCUUUGCUUGGGCAACACUUAUCGAGAAUUUGGCAAAAAUAGGAUAUGAAGGCAAGAACCUUCAUAUGGCCUCUUAUGAUUGGAGACUUUCUUUCCAUAACACCGAGGUACGUGACCAAUCGUUAACUAGGCUGAAGAGUCAAAUCGAGCUAAUGUAUGUAACAAAUGGGUACAAUAAAGUGGUGGUGGUUCCACAUUCAAUGGGGGCUAUCUAUUUCCUUCAUUUUCUUAAAUGGGUUGAAACACCUCUUCCCAAUGGAGGCGGUGGUGGUGGUUCAGGUUGGUGUGCCAAACACAUCAAAGCCGUCGUCAACAUCGGACCUGCCUUUUUAGGUGUCCCCAAAGCCGUCAGUAACUUGCUCUCCGCUGAGGGCAAAGACAUUGCUUACAAUAGAGCUUUGGCGCCAGGGCUCUUGGACUCGGAACUUCUUAAGAUGCAAACACUCGAGCAGCUUAUGCGGAUGACACAUAGCUGGGAUUCAAUAGUUUCUUUACUACCAAAGGGUGGUGAGGCAAUAUGGGGAGAUCUAGACGCUUCCGAUGAAGAAGACCAAACUUGCUCUUUCUCCAAGAGAAAAUCAUCGCUAACCGAUCUUGGCACACAAAACAUUAGUGCCACACCAGACUCACGGGAACUUUCAAGAGUAGACAACACUUCAAAUGGCAGUACAUCAUGUGGAGAUUUUUGGUCGGAGUACAGUGAACUAAGCCGAGAAAGCAUAGUGAAAGUAGCAGAAAACACAGCUUACACGGCCACCACCGUUCUUGAUCUUCUCCGAUUUAUAGCUCCUAAGAUGAUGAGACGAGCCGAAGCUCAUUUCUCUCACGGCAUUGCCGAAGAUCUUGAAGACCCUAAGUAUGAAGAGUAUAAGUACUGGUCUAAUCCACUCGAGACCAAAUUACCGGACGCACCAGAGAUGGAGAUGCACUGUCUUUACGGAGUAGGGAUUCCGACCGAGAGAUCUUACAUAUACAAGCUCUCAUCAACUUCUCCAGGUAAGUGCAAGAGCAGCAUUCCAUUCCGGAUAGAUGGAUCGGUGGAUGGAGACGAUGUGUGUCUUAAAGGAGGAGCUAGGUUUGCGGAUGGAGACGAGAGUGUACCGGUGAUAAGUUCGGGGUUUAUGUGCGCAAAGGGAUGGAGAGGCAAAACGCGGUUUAACCCAUCGGGGAUGGAGACAUUCGUGCGGGAAUACAAACACAAGCCACCCGGAAGUCUGUUGGAAAGUCGAGGAACUGAAAGUGGAGCUCAUGUGGACGUAAUGGGUAAUGUUGGACUCGUUGAAGAUGUUUUGAGAAUUGCUGCCGGAGCUUCAGGGAAGGAUAUAGGUGGCGAUAAGGUUUACUCUGAUGUCAUGAGGAUGUCGGAGAAGAUUAGAAUCAGGUUGUGA